AUGGGAUGUUUUUACUUCAGCUCCAGUGUUUACUACAUCUCUACUGGAGAGAAGAGCUGGAGUAAGAGCAGAGAGGACUGUAGAGAGAGAGGAGCAGACCUGCUGAUCAUCAACAGCAGAGAAGAGCAGGAAUUCAUUGCUAAUAAUAUCGGCAGUGGUAACAGUGGUGACAUCUGGAUUGGUCUGACCGACAGUGCCACAGAGGGGGUCUGGAAAUGGGUGGAUGGCUCAGCUCUGACCACUGAGUACUGGAGUGGCAGCGAACCAAAUGAUCUCGGUGGUGAUGAAGACUGUGUUGAGUUUUACUCAAAUAACAAGAGAUGGAACGACAGGCGAUGCUCUGAUAAAAGAAGGUGGAUCUGUGAAAAAAGGGUGUAAAACUGUGAUGGAGUAGAUGAUCAGAUAAGUAAUGAUGAUACAGCC